AUGGUUUGGGGGCUUUUUCCUCUCGAGUCUCUUCCAGGUUUUCUCUUCGUUCUGCAUCGCCAUUUCUUCCUUUAAGUGCUUGCCUGCGACUGUAGAUGGGAUUUUUAUUCUUCCCUUCUGAAGCAUCUUUUUUUCAAGGUCGAUUUUCGUUUCCCUUAAUAGUUCCUUUUGUUUUCUGCUCGUCGGCGUCGUGGAUGCAGGUGCCCAAGAGUACUAUAUUUUCUCGAAAGGGGCUUAUAAGGUUGGGCGGAAAGGUACGUAUAAUUGAUUCUUUCGUAUUAAAAUUCUUAUCGUCCUCAGUAUAACUCUAGCAAAAGGGACGGGCAUUCUUCUGGUGACGUAUUGCUGCUGUUUUUAAGGGCUCAUUGUCUGUGAGUAACUUUGCGAAAUUCUCAUCUUCUGACACUUCGACCUAUGACUAUAUGAAACGGAAAGCCAAGUAUCUGAAGUAGCUCAAUUUCGAGCUGUUUUUUUACUAUCUGUAGAUUCUUCGCUGUUACUUUUGUUUGAGGGGAAGAGUUCAAUCUUAAUGUUAUUUGGAGAUGACUCUAAGCAGUCAUAAACUUCAUUGGAAUUUAUCUCUCGCUGUGCUUUUCACGGAGAAGAGGAUCAUAAUGAAGACAUCCAAACUCUGGUCUUCUCUUAUACCUCCAUUUUUUUUUCAUUUAUGUUAAUACUCCUUUGUUUGAGCUAUGAAGUGUUGUGUUCUUUGCUGCGCUUUGCUCAUAUGUGCUAAUUCCCAGAUCCUAUCAUUUACUCGCUCUACCCGGGGUUGGAUCCAAUUCUUUUCCGUUAAUUAGUAGAUCAUUUUUCAUGCAAAUAAUCCUACUCUUCUCAUGUCGCUCCUUUUUGUAUCACACUGUGCAGCAUUCUGCCAGCUAACUGCUGUUAUUUUUUGUAGAUUGUGAUGUAAUUAUCCAAACGGACAGAGCUGUUUCUCGUGUUCAUGCUGAGAUUAUUAUUGAUGCUAUGCAUCCUCGGGAUUCCUCACGUAAUAGAUCUUCCACCGACCGCCCAUAUGCUCGUAUCAGGGAUCACUCUAAAUUUGGCACCUUUAUAAACAAAGAAUCUGGAAGCCAACCUGUAAACACCUUUCCAAAUAAGGAAGCACUUCUGAAAGACGGGGACUUGCUGUCAUUUGGAACGGGUAAUGCAACUUUCAGGUAUUCUAAGAAUUCCCUUAUGUUGUUAUUUUGCAUCAAGGUAGACUUUCAGAUAAUGACCCCUGGUACAACUGUGCCUCGCCUUUUAGAAAUUAUAUUUUCUUCCUUUUCAUUUAUAUGCUAAGCACUGGAAGCAAUUGGAGGCUGUUAGAUUCUUGAUUGUAAAUAAAUUGAACUAUUUUUCAGGUUCUGCCUUAUCCCUUUCAUAGCUUUUGUCGAUCCAAGGUCACUUGAAGCAAAUCCCUCCUUUGAAGAAGCUGCUUCAUCAAUUGGUUGGUGUGAUCUCCUUAUUCUUUCAUGGUUACAAAGACUAAGAAUGUUGAUUGUGUGAUAUUUUAGUUCGUUUAUUCUUUUAUUGACCAGUUGGCUUUCUAACUUUACAAUUAUCUCUUUAACAUCUGUGCGCCCUUUGAUUUGGCUUGUCUAAUUUUUGUAAGUUUUAGAGUUUCAGGGAAAACGAAUGAAAAGUUGCAUGCUUUUACAUGUACAUGUUUUUCCUUCCAAAGGAUGGCUUUUAAUUGAAAACAGAAGUAUCAAAUUACCUGACAGAUUGUGAUCUUCAUGUGCAUGAAGGAAAGGUGACUUGCGAUCAUGAUCCUGAAAAACUUCGUUUAUCCUUUUUGUUUUCAAUUAAUUCUAAAAAAAUUUAGAAGUUCUACCGUCAUCUUAUCAAAAUGUGAUUACCUGAACAAUACAGAUCAGAAAAAAACAUGACAGAUUGACUGAUAAACGGAGGGGAAUAUGAAUAAAAUAUUUGACAUUUACAUCUCAUGGAGUAAAAAUGAAUGAAAAAUUUUCGCAUUUUAUUUAUCUAUAUUCAUAAUAGUUCUGUUCACGAAACUCUAAUAUUAUCUUUUAAGUUGUUUCGGUACUGAGUAAAACUUCAAUUGUUGAAAUUGUUAUUGAAUUCUGUCCACAGUCUUGCUCUCAUGAAGUCAAAUACACUGAAAAUAUAGUUUAGCGAAAUCAUCCCUGUGAGGGAUUCAUGGAAAAUUUGAAGUCUUAUUAGUUUUUUUCCAGCGUCAAUGAGACUCCAUAAAAUAAAAUAAAAAAUAAUGGAUUAGAUGAAGAGGCGAAAACUCCGAUUUAUGCUCAUCUACCAUCUUCAUCUUUCCUUUCGUUCUAACAUUAAAGCACAUAGAUGGCAGAUGAACUUGUUGGGUUCCACUCCCUCUCUCUCUCUCUCUCUCUCUCUCUCUCCCUUCCCCUCUCCAACCAGAAUUCUUAUAACUUGAUUGCGUAGAUAGAAUCGUUCCCCUGUUUGUCUUCAGCUUCUCAGCGACGAACCAAUUUUUUUUUCAAGAACUUCUCAGUGAAAAGCCUGAUGUUUUGUGCGUGCGUCCCAUAUGUAACUGUUUUUUCCCACGAGUUAUUUACUUAUCGCUUUCCUUUCUUAUUUCUUGACUUCUCAUGUGAUGGAAUGUCUUAGUUGCUUUGUUCAAUAACUUUAUUUAUCCAGGAAUUGAAUAGUUUUGUUUAGGUUCAAUCCUUACUCAUCACUACAGCCCUCAGUGUACGCACGUGAUAGUUGAGGAAUCAACACCAGUAAUGGCCGAUCUUAUCGGUGCAAUAGUAGAACGAAAACCUGUCAUCCGUGGCACUUGGCUUAUGGUAUCAUUUUCCUUCCAUUGUUGUUUAUCAUCGUUAUACUUUACAGUUAGUUAAAGAGGAUAUGUCAAUGGCCGCCAUCUAGAAUAUUUUAAAAUUGAAUCCAUUUUGAACGAGGUUCUCUUUUUUUGGCAUUUCAGAAAUCAAGGUAUAUUAAGAUGCUAAUGAAUCAAUCUCCCCAAUAUUUCAUUCAUUUUUGUACCGAAUGAGGUUUUUUACCUUGUGCUUUUUAUCUUGGACAACAAAUAUGUAAUGAAACCUGUAAUUUGGUGUCAUGGUUUUUUCUGUGACAAAUUCGUUUGUUCUUAAUGCGAAUUUUAUGUUUGUGCCUACAUAUUUACUCACAGAAUUGCGUCCAUUUCCAUCUCUCCCUUGUAAAUAUCUAACUCCAUGCACCUGAAAUUGUUCGUUAUCCUCCUGUCCUUUUACUCUGAGCCCCUAUGGUACAUUGUACGUUUUCAUGGACAGUUCCCAUUGCACGUUGUGGAUCGUGUAAUGUGUUGCAAUCAAACGGAUAUUAAGCCUUAUAGUCAAGUAUGACAUCUAUGUUUUAGAUUUUAAAAGCAUCACACGUGCAAAUCGCUUGCUUUUUUUUGAUAAUGACUGUAACUAUUAUACCUUUUUACAAACCUGGCAUCUUGUUAGAUUUUAUAAUGAAGUUCGUAUUUGUAGUCCCAGAGUCAAAACUGUCCCAUGACAUGUUGGUGGCAAUGAAGAAAAUGGAUGAUUGGAGAAGAUGAGAUUAAAUGCAGAUGCUCUUUAUUCAGACAUUUUAUGCUGUUUGAAUUAUCCAGACACCCAUAGUCAUGCGGAGUUCUGUGUUUAGAGAAAGAGUUAUAUAAUUUUAGAAAGCAGCUGCGCUUUUAAAUAUACUGAACCCUAGUUAACAAGUCUCAGGAUAAAAGCUACUUGUACUCCCAGAAAUUUCGCACCAGGGUGAGUUUACUAUCUGGGAAACAAACACCGUACUCCCACAUGUUGAUCUCCUUAAAACUGGUUAUGCUAUAACUCGACAAGAUCCUAUAGGUUAUUAGUUUGUAAUAAAACUCAAAUCGUAGGUAAACCGCCGAACAGAAUGUAAUUCUGUAAUGUUUCAAUGUCAGGUUGGGUGUUAAUGUUCAAACCCAUUCGAUCUACCUUAGGUCACCGCCUAAGCUCUCUUCCAAUUCAUUUCCGAAGUGUUUUACCGCCUUCUGCAUAUCUUUCUUUUUGACAUAUGUACUCCUAUCCCCAUCAUUAAUGCGUCUAAUUUACACUGUUUAGUUUCCUAUAAUGUGUGUAGUUCCAAGAAAAUUGUAAAGUUUAACAUAUGAUCGUCAGAUUUACAUGAACAGUGAUUUUAUUAGCCCCCCUUUCUUCUUGCUAUUUUACUCUUGGUGAAUGCUCUCUUAAGUACUUUCUUUGAUUAUCUCAUUGUGGUCUGGGCACUGUAUUCAAUAGCUAAUAGACUGAUGCUGUUGUCCAGUGGUCUUAAUAAACAAUGACUAUGACUUACAAUUCUUCAGGAGCAUUUUGGUCAUAAAUGAGAAUCUUGCCAUUUCUACUUCACACUUCAUGCAUAUUACGUCAUUGCCUAAUUUGAGACAUCUUUUUCUGUGAAAAAGAAAUUACAUUGACAUCGUUAACUGAGUAGUAACUUCACCUCGUCGAUGUGCUAUUCUAUACCUGCAUUUCGUGUUUUUACAUUGAGAUAAUCUCGAGAAUUUUCUGCGUUACUCACUCAUGCCCUCUUUCAGAAUCUUGGAGAGAAAAACAUCCGUACCGAACUUCCAAGCUUUGCCAAGUAAGAGUCUGCUUUUAGAAUAGUUCAUAAUUCGUAACAUCGUAUCUUAGUCUACAUCUUUUCAUGCAUCAACUAUGUUUCGAACUUAAAAGUGACAAUUUUUAAUUUUGCUUAAUAUGCUAGCCAUUUGCCAAGCUUGAUGCUUGAUGGAAAGCCUGUUAAAGUCGUUGAACCUGCAGCUCGAGAGAACUGUCUGCAAAGAUACGCCUUUGUCUUGGCACAGUCGCACCCGGUAAUGUUCAUGAUGUACUAGAGUCUAGUUUCUCAACUUCCUUUCCUUACAUAUAUCGUAUCAAUGCAGUACAAAUUUGGGAGCAAAUUGCCUUUGUUAAUACAACUUGUUGGAGGAAACGUUCAUCAUGUUCGGGAAUUUUCUUCAAGUAUAAAGGUUCUGCUAAGAUCCUUGCUAGGUCUUUUUACGUACUUCCAAAUUCUCACUGAUUUCCUUCUGGUAGUCAUCAUACAUUUUCUUUGUUUCUUUUCCACUCCCACCAAUUUGCCGUUCUAAUACUCCAGACAGUCAUCUCUUCCUUGCCUUAACUCACUAUAUAGGAGAGGGCCAAUGUGGCUUAGCCAUACUAAGUUUUUAAUUGAAGCCAAUCGGACAUAAGGCUUGUCUAGUCAUUCUGAGAAGCAUAAAUUGAUAGAGAAUCAGCUUUAUCAAUGUAGAAUUUUGUUAGCCAAGUUAAAAGCAGACGUUUAGUAUCCGGUAACGCAGGGUUUCCCUCGGUAUUUCUUUGGUUGCAUUAGUAUCUCUUCAACUUGUAGAAGGAAUAGCCAUUUAAAAUAUCAGUGCAUGUUGAAGAUGGGGAAAUUACCCGCUUCAUCUUGAUUUUCACAAUCCUCAUUAUGGUUCUUGGAAAAUUUCUCAAGUUUUACCCCCGAAAUUUGUUCUGUUUAUUCAUGACAUCGGGUUUUUUGUAUAUCGUUAUCGCAAUAACAGAUGGUUUUUUGUCUGGGACUACAGUUGAAUUGUUAGUGUGGUUUAUUCCUUAUCUAGGACCCUGCAGAUGGAGGAAACAAGCAGAUGGUUCUUGUGAUUCCUGAAGGGUCAGCAAAUGAACUUGGGUUCCUCAAUCACUUCACAUCUCUACCCAGAAUAACGGAGGCCAAGUUAGUUGCUGCUAUUUUAUCAGGAAAUCUGGAACCGUCUGCCUUCGAGGAACAUUCAUGUAAGUAUGCACGAAGCAUGCCCAGCUCAGGUAAUAGGUUUUUUGGUCUCAUAUUCAGAUAAUAGAUGAUUUAGGACUGUUGUGAUGCCAUUAUUGUGAUGAGCGAUAAUGAGCAUUUACCAUAGAACAAAAUACGACAAUGAGAGUAUCUUCAUUCUUCGUGUACUUUUAUUUGCCCAUUUAGUUCUAUUUUUAUUCCAUAUUUAUAUCAUCUGAUGUCCAUGGGAUAUUAAUAUUCUUCUUACCUGGAAUACCGCAGUCUCUGUUCCAUCAUCCCACUCCACCGAUGAAACCAUUGUAGCAGAAUCAGACUUGGAGAAUGACACUGCGACAUCCGAUCAUGUUUCUGCUGCUACUAAAGUUGAAAAUGCUAAUAAACGAGAAGAUGGAGGGAUGCAGGGCUGGCAACGUGACACAUCAGUUAGAGCCGAGUUCACGAGCACCAAAGUUGGAGAUAGCCGCAUCAUCAACCUGAGCAAAGAUGACGAGCCUGAACCUGGAAAUUAUGAGAAGUCAGAUGUUAUUUACAGCCAAUCCCUAAUAGUCAGAGAUGUUGUGGCGCCUGAUUAUGUGGGGUGUGCACCGGAGCAGAAAGUGAUCAACUUCAAGUGCUUUAGAAAGGUACCUCUGUGUCUGCCAUCCAUUGUGAAGCACCACCACAUUAUCGUUGCACUUCAAUUGCUUUUAUGUGGGCAUAACUCUGAUUGAUAUUUUAGGGUUAGGGUGGUUUAUGUUCAUGCUGUUCAUGCUAUUUGGGUUAUUUCCUCAAUCAGUUCUCUCCAUUGUUCCACAGAGAGAGACUGUAUCCGGGAACACCUUCAGGAACCUCAUUCCAUUCUCAAAUGAACCCUAUCAGUGAGACCCAAACACCUAUUCUUCCUUCCUUUCCUUUCAUCUUUGAUCCCGCUGGGUCCUGAUAACCACCGCUUUCGACGUCCAGUGAGCUCGACUACGACAACAAAGACAUUGCUCAGUACGUGAGGGAGGAGAAGAUUCAGAAGCAAAGGGAGGCCAUUGCUGAGGACCUGUUCAAUACCGAGAAGGUAUUCAUCGCCCCCGAUUCCUGAACUGCCUACUCCAAUUCCAACCGUCACCCAUCUCCAUGGCUGACCUUCCUGUUCAUACUCUGAACGUAUUCCAGGCAAGGAAGCGCGGGGCAGCCUCCUCUCUCCAUUCUUUCCUCGCUCGCCGAUGA